AUGAGGCCGAGCUCUCUAAUGGCUUUAGAAGGGCAUGCAUGUAUCGGGGAUAAGAGAAGGCUGGGCGACGGAAAGGCGGAGGGCGGGGACGAAGACACCCACGCGCGGAAACGGCGCAGGCGGAAGGGGUGCGCGGAGCACACAGUAAGCGGGGAGGGCGCAGAGGUUGGGGGAGCCCACGGCGCGCAUUACGACAGGGGAAGCGCGGGGGAGGCGGGGGAGGGCGCGGAAAGGGGGGGCCAUGGGAGGGGGGAAGGGGGAGAGGAGAAGGAGUGCAGUAACUGCGGCACGCACACGACACCGUUCUGGCGAAAGGACAGGGCGGGCGGAGGGCAACACCUGUGCAACGCGUGUGGGCUGUACCUCGCUAAGAACGACGCCCCGCGGCCCGCUGUACUGUGGAAACGAGAUGCACAUGGGUCUCAUGACACGGCAUCGCAUGACUCUCCUCUCACAACCAUGUUUCGCCUGCUCUCGUUCCUCCGCCUCCUGCUGUUCACUGAACGCCUCAAGCACCACUGCUCUCUCUGCUGUACCGACUGCUGCACUCACUGUGACUCCUAA